GAGCAUUAGCCGACUACUGUGCGGGGAUAUACCAUUUUUCUCCGGUGUUUUUUGCUUCUCAUACAAUGCCUUGUCUGUCAAAGUCGCUUCACCCGCCAUGAGAACCUUAAGCGACAUGCUGCGCUUCAUAAUCGCUCUCAGAAAGAAGCCUCGCUUCCUUGUGACUUUUGCCACGCUACUUUCUCCCGCCUCGAUCUACGCCAUCGCCAUAUGAAGAGAAAACACCCGGAGCACGAGCAGAGAAGGACCACACAGAGACCAUAUCGCGAGAGAAGUGGUGGAUGGAGACCUCAAGGCAAGGUAGAUUCUGCAUCGCCCACAGAGAGCCAAGAUGGCCCACACCUUGAGCACCUGGGCAACGAAGGCGAACUAGAGAUGGACAGGGAGAUCUGGCAGGCUGCAUUGCGGUAUGCACAGCAGCAAAUCGACCAUGACAACGCCGACAGCACCAAUCUUGCAACCAACGCUCCUAUAAACGUCGGAGGAGAUAGCACUCACCUGAACACAGACUCACUACCGCAGCAGCCAUCCAUGAACGAGUUGAAUGAUCUUGACCAGAUUGUGCAAAAUGCGACGGAUCUGGAGCGAAGCCUGUUAGUGGGAACGUCCUCUCUCAACCCAGCCCAGCACCUUGAUACCCAAAUUCAACAGACCAUCCCACAGUCUGCUCCGUUUGAUACAAAUAUGACCGGAUUCAACUUCAACCAAGGUCUCCCGGAUAGUUUGCUGUUUAUGGACUCACUGCGACUGCAAGACGAUUGGUUCCCAUCCUCCCUGCAGCUUACACGAGGCCGCGAGCUCUUCUUUGCUCAUGUUUCGCCAUUCAUCCCUUUCCUUCACCAAUCAACGUUCGAUGUCACUCAAACCGCUCCUCUCUUGGCUCUGAGCAUGCUCUGUCUUGGCUAUCAGUAUGGCGAUGAUCCGGAAUGCGGUGAUCAAGCAGGCUCAGGCGUGGGCCUGUCAACACGUUGCUUUCAUCGAGCUCGUGCUUUGAUUUCAUUUUCCUCUGAUGAGGCACCAGCAGAUGGCCUGACAAACAAUGUCAUGAUAGUUCAAUCGCACUUGCUACUCCAAAUCUGCGCCAUGAUGUAUCUCUGCGGUGACGAUUCAGCAUACGGCCUCAAGAUCCAUUCUAACAUGAUAUCCCUCGUCCGGACCGGAGGACUAAUGGCACCAGCAACAAACGCAUCCGCCACCACCGAAGAUCUCGAGUCGCUAUGGCGAGAAUUCAUCAAAACCGAAUCACAUAAACGAACAGCCUUCGCCGUUCACCAGAUCGAUGCACUGUGGUAUCAGUUUUUAUCCAUCCCUCGCUCGAUAUCCCAUUUAGAAAUCAAGCACGAACUACCCAGCCCAGAAGACUACUGGACGGCAUCAUCAUCCGUCGAAUGGGCGCAUCGACAGCUCGUUUCUCGGCAUUCGGGCCCUUCGGUACAAUACACCGAUGCCGUUCGACAAUUUCUCUCGUCCGAUGCGGAUCUCACCUCCAUUUCACGAUUUGAUCCUUACGGAGCCAUCAACAUCACGCAAUUUCUUUUGUCCAGUGCCCGUGAGAUAUCAGGCUGGUCAGCCAUGACGGGAAUGCUCAGUAUGGACAGGUUCAGUGCGCUUCGGUCAUCUCUCGUUGCUCUCAGCCGCUUCAUCUGCCCAGAACAACAACCAAUGCCAUCAGCAAAAGCAACAACACACACCGCAGCCGUGUCCCGCGCGGCAGAGGCAACAUGGGAAACCGCCAUGAUAGAGCUACACAUGUGGUCCCCAUCACACACCGGCGGCAUCGUGGAAGCAAGCAUAGACGCCGUACUGAACCAGUUAACAACCUACCUGGGCCCGUCUUGUGGAAUCCUCGAGUCUACGACUGCCAAGGCCAUCCAACCACACGUCAACUGGUUUCUGCGCUAUCUCGACAUGACACUUUUGCCGGACUCAGAAGCGCCGUGGAUUGCGUUCUAUGCGUAUAAAGCGUUUUUGAUUGCAUGGCAGCUUAUGCAUGGGAGGGUAGCGGGUGCGAUGCAGGUCGUUGGCGUGAGGGAUGGGGACGUAGAGGGGGCGUUGGGGUGGGCGAGGAAGGUGUUUGAACGUAGAAGGAGAUGGCAGCUUGGGAGGCUUAUUCUUGCAUGUUUGGAUGAGUUGGGGGAAUAAGUGCUCUAAUUUAUAUUUGACUAUGUAACUACUAUGACCUAAGUUAAGCAUCAUUGUUAUGAUUAUUAUA